AUGAGCAUUAAAGAAAUAUAUAUAUUCGGAAACAAGCUGGUGAUAUACGAGCUCGACGACGUCUGCGAUUCGGUUUCCGGCCGAGCACUCACCGGCUCCUGGAUAUGGGACUCCGCAUUGUUGCUUUCCAACUGGAUCGCAACUCACCGGCAAACCUUCGAAUUCGCCGGAAAAACCGUGCUCGAGCUCGGCGCGGGAACGGGGCUACCAGGCAUGACGGCGGCGAGGCUCGGCGCGAAACGAGUCAUCCUGACGGAUAUAGAGCCGUUGGUUCCCGGGCUGAGGAAGAGCGUGGAGGCAAACGGGUUGGGGGAGCGAGUUUGGGUGAGUCGGCUGGUUUGGGGGUGCGAUGAGUUGCCGAGUCGACUCGUUGAGUCGGGAGAAGUGGACGCGGUGCUCAUGUCGGAUGUGUUAUUCGACGCGGAGGAGAUGGCGGGGCUGGCGAAGACACUGAAGGAGGUUUGUGGGGAAGGGACGAAAGUGUGGGCGGCGACGGAGGUGAGGGAAUCGACGAGUGACUGCCUCGCCGAGUUGGAGGAGGAAGGAUUCGGAAUCGUUGAACUGCCGAGUCAACUCGGAGGAGAAUCGCUCGACUGUUUUGAUAACUUUGCAGUUUUUCAAUUGAUCCCGCCAAAACAAACACAGUUUGAAGAUCACUCAGCACAAAUGGAAGAAUAG